AUGCGCCUCAACCCCGAAAAAUGCACCUUCGGAGUCAAGAGCGGGAAGUUUCUGGGAUAUAUGCUCACCAAUCGUGGGAUUGAACUAAACCCCGAAAAGUGCCAGGCUAUUGUAGAAAUGAAAAGCCCUAGGACGGUCAAGGAAGUCCAGCAAUUGGCGGGGCGGAUGGCAGCAAUCGGACGGUUUCUCCCGAAGGCUGCCCUAAGAGCCUUACCACUCUAUGCCCUGCUAAAGAAAGGAGCGAACUUUACUUGGUCAGAAGAGGCCGAACAUGCUUUCUCCCGGCUGAAAGAGGUUCUCACCUCCCCACCGAUCCUAUCAAGUCCAAAGCUAGGGGAGCCCCUUUACUUAUACUUAGCUGUCCGAGACAAGGCUGUGAGCUCCGUGCUGGUACGAGAGGAAGCGGGAGCCCAACUUCCGGUCUACUUCGUCAGCCGCUCGCUCAAAGGAGCUGAGCUAAGAUAUCAGAUGCUCGAAAAAGUGGCACUCGCCCUCCUAACCACGGCCAUGCGGCUCAGAAGGUACUUCCAAUCUCAUAGCAUCAUUGUCCGCACAGAUCAACCGGUCAGGCAAGUCCUCCAUAAACCAGAUCUAGCCGGUCGAAUGGUGGGUUGGUCGAUCGAGCUUUCCGAGCAUGAUAUUCGAUAUGAGCCCAGACGGGCGAUCAAGGCGCAAGUCCUAGCAGAUUUCCUGGUCGAACUCACGAAUGAAGAAGACCCGCCGGCGGAAAUCUCCUGGGUCGUCCACGUGGAUGGCUCGAGCAACAAAGAGGGGGGCGGCGCCGGGAUCGUCCUACAAAGCAACUCGGGGAUGAUCGUAGAACAGUCGCUACGCUUUAAUUUCCCGGCCACUAACAACCAAGCUGAGUACGAAGCUUGCAUCGCCGGUCUGGUGACAGCGCGGGACCUGGGGGCGCAGGACAUACUUGUCUGCUGCGACUCCUUACUAGUGGUCUCACAGGCUAACAGAGAGGCGCAGGCCAAUGACCCAAUUCUGGAACAAUACCUCUCCCACCUGAAGCGGUUGGCUGCCACCUUUCGUAAGGUGGAGUUCCGCCACGUCCCAAGAGCUGAAAAUGACCGCGCGGACACCCUAGCAAAGCUGGCUAGCACCGGGAAACCCGGACUGAACAGGACAGUCAUUCAGGGCACACUGGCCCUCCCGUACGUCGCGGGCCCCGACCGGUCCACCGGAAUCCACACCUUGAGCGUUGGCACGGACGACGAUUGGAGGACCCCUAUUGUUAAGAACCUCACAACGGGCUGGCUACCACCCGACAAGUCGGAAGCCAAGAAGCUGACUAGGAACGCUUCCUGGUACACCUUGGUGAACGGAGGCCUCUUUAAGAGAGGAUUUUCCACUCCUCUUCUUAAGUGCUUAUCAAAGGAACGUGCAGAGUAUGUGCUCGCCGAGAUCCAUGAGGGCAGCUGUGGCCACCACCCCGGCGGGCGUUCUCUGGCGAGAAAGGUCCUCCGGGCCGGCUACUACUGGUCCACCCUGGAGAAAGACGCAGCCGACCACGUUAAACGCUGUGACCCAUGCCAGAAACACGCCGACCACCGCUUAGCCCCGCCCGAACGGCUCUCGACUAUGGUCUCCCCUUGA